AUGCAAAUUUUUGGGAUAGCCGGCCGUGACUUCUCUCCCUCAGUGGGAAUUGUACAAUUGCCGUGUCCCUUUACGUUGCCGAUUGCUGUGGCAUCCCAUUCGGCGCAUCCGCUAUCCCAGCUGGCUGUCCACCGGUCCUCUCUCUCAACCACUGCAAAGCUCGUUCUCCAGAUCUAUGAACUCCCCCAUCCACGCUCUCGUUCUCGACGCGCAUAUCGAUCGAGUUCGACGGGCAAGCGACAACCCGAUUGUGGCUCCACAUCAUUCUCUGCGCCCUUUCGACAUAUUAAGCCGGGGCCUGACGACAUAGCAAAGGUGGACAUCGAUACCUCGACAAAGGAGCUGGCCGAGCUCUCAUUCCAGCUGGAAGACAAGCUUCUCCAAGAGACUCACGUCAACAAUAUAUGGGAAUUUGGGCCCUGCAGGCAAAGCGCCUCGUGUUCUGGUAACUCUGACAUUACCAACAAUAUUCCACCGCCUUCUGUAAUUGACUCUUCAUUCCUACCGGCCGCCCGCACGACUAUCAAUAUUUGUGCUCUCUCAGAGCAUUUUAAUGGCCUAGAUUCUCCAGCGCAGGGCCAUCUACAUGAGCAGCAUUUACCCGAGGAUCUGGCUGGGCGCUUAUUUGGACUCCCGAACACUGUGGAUGUCUUUAACGCUGGAGACGAGCCUCCAUUACGACUCUCUCACCCCUCUCCCUUCGCGCUUGAGGCCCCGCAAUCGCGCAACUCCCUUAGGCAACCCUUCCCGAGCAAUUCCCAAGACGAACAAUUUCACGACGAAACAUUCACUCCGGCUGUGGACGACACCGCAUUAUCUCUCUCUCGACGUCAUGCCUACAUUUCAAACUGGGUGCAGUCCACUUCUCCGAGCACUCCAGGAUACGCGUUGGAUCCCGAUUCGCGCUUCAGCAUGGUCAUGGAGGUCCUGUCUAGUGAACCACUCUACAUUAGACACCGCUCGUUUGACGAAGACCUCUGGUCCUUCAGUUCCGCGGGUGCGGUCUUGCACGACCAGACAACUGUGGCGGAGAUCUACCAGCAGGCAUCGUCGAGUGGCGAACCGCGUCGAGCAUGGUUAUUCCGCUCUCUUCACGACCGCGUGUUCCACACGUCUAGCCGGCAGCGACAAAGACCUCGGCGAAAUACCCCGCCCCUGGCCCGAAACGAGCUUGGAACUGAGACGACGUCAUCGUCCAUUACGAACGAGGACAAUGAUACGGAACGCGACACUGAGGAGGAGGCUGCGAAGGCGAUUGAUAGAGCGGAAGAGGCCGCGAUGGAGCUGGCUGAAGAGGCGGCGGCAGAAGAGAUGGAGCAUGUGUCGUUCCCGUCUGGUGACGACGAGGGGUCUUCAGCUUCGGUUGAUCAAUCCACUUCUAUAUCCUUUGUGCCCGGUCACUCCCAUCGGCCUUCUGUCUCGGACGCGACUCUGCGGCCGCCCUCACGGUCAUCCGAGUCAUCCGGCAGCGACCCGCCGGUAUACACGCCAGACUGGAUGUCGAUUGGCCGAGAUCGACUGGGUUACGAGUGGUGGUUUCUUGUCGAUGAGGACUGUGACCUGCACUGGCAGUUCAGCUAUGUCAACAAUGAAGGGCGUCGAGUGUUCUUGCCUCAUCACGACUACGAGCGAGUGCAAGCGAUGCAUCGACGAACGAGAGCGUUAGCGAUAGGGCGGUUAAACGUAUUGACGGACGAAACAUACGGCGCGGACACUUGAACAAAGGCAAGUCACACGGACAGUGACCCCUCUGCUUUGCUUUUCUUUUCUCAACGAACUUUUGGAUUACACCUUAUGACUGAUUACUUGCUUUCUUAACAUUGGGACAGUUCUAUCUUACUACUACGUUGGUAUAUAAAUGUGUAUCUUACGGCAUGGAAUCUCUGCCUUCAUGUAUUCGUCAUCUAACGAACGG